AUGAGUAUGACGACAGGAGGAACAGACUUUAACGACAUAUUUGGGAAUCCUUUCAGCAAAAAGUCAGAAAAGACGAAGCCGAAGGAGCCGGUAAGUUUUUAUUUUUGUGAGUAUUUUUGUGUUUAGGAGCCUGUAUUUGACUACAAACCUUCCACAUACUUUAAACUUGUUGAUGAUAUGAUUGGCAACAGGUCACGGCCGUGGAAUGCUGAAAAGAAGCCGAUUGUCCCGAAUAUGGUAAGGUAUUGAUGUUGAGCUGUUGAUUUGGGCUGUAAUAAGACUUUUUUGUUAGUAGGUAUAUUUUUUGAGUUGUAGAAGGAAGAAGAAUGUUUUUUGUAUGCUUUUAAAACAGUUUUAAUUUGGUCUGAGCGGCAAAUUUAUAUUUAUGAGCUAUUAUAUUCACAUACCAUCUACUAGCUUAAGUAACAUCAAUAAAACAUCUUUUUCUCGUUUUAAUAACAAUUUGUCUUGCAUUUGAUGUGUUUAUAUAGGUAAUAAACUAAAGAGUCUUCUGAACAACCUUAGUUCUUAGAAUCCAUGUUUUAGAUGUUGUCAUUGCCUCCAAUGUCGAAAGAAGAAAGGCUAAUACACAAUACGAUGGAAAACUGUGCAUUUAAGGCAGCGUUGUCAUUUGUGCUUGGUGGAGGUGUAGGAGUGGCAUUCGGAUUGUUUACAGCGUCAGUCGAUCCAUCUUUAAGUAUGAAUAAAGAUCCAACGAAACCGGUAAGACCUUUCAUAUUAUUCAUGUUGGCUUUGAGGUGUCGUUGCUGUUUUCUGACGUAAAUUUGGUUUUGUAGCCAACAUUAAGCACGGUAAAUAAAAGGUUUGAUAAAAUAUGUUUUAGCUAUCUCUACGUGAAACAUGGGGCGAAAUGAAGGGUCGGAUGGUGUCGUACGCCAAAAACUUUGCUUCUCUUGGUCUAAUGUUCGCAGGAACGGAAUGUUUAUUAGAAACGGCGAGAGGAAAGUCGGAUUGGAAGAAUGGUACGUUUUCCGGAGCGAUAGUUGGAGGUACGAUUGGUCUGCGGGCCGGUGUGAAGCCGGCUUUAUUUGGAGCGGCUGGAUUUGCCGCGUUCUCGACGGUUAUCGAAUAUUAUCUUAGGCAUUAG